UAUAAAAGCUGUUAGCAGCUCCUGUGGCCAGCAGCUAGAAAGCUUGCAGAGUCUUUCUCCCUCUUUCUCUUUGUGGGUUUGUAAUAAGACACACUCCUGUUUCCAAGGGUUCACACUAGAGCACAGAAAAGAGCUGUUUAACUUGGAAGAACAAUACACUAGGCUUUUGGUUCUGCACAGAGAUUGUCUCUGUGUGUCCUGACUUAAAGUGGACAUUCCCCCAGUCCCAAAAUGACAGUAAUUUCUGCAAUCAGUGCUGCUCUUUUAAUUUUAAUUCUCUAUGAAACAAGUGCAGUAGAGUUAUCCAAUUCCACUGAUGCAUUCCUGUCAACCAAUAAUUACACUGAUGUUGGAGCAGCUUCGGCAGCUCAUCUGGAUUCUGCAAGCCUGCCCAAAGCCAGGAGGAAACGAUACAUUUCACAGAAUGACAUGAUUACCAUCCUGGAUUAUCACAAUCAAGUCAGAGGCAAAGUCUUCCCACCUGCUUCCAACAUGGAAUACAUGAUUUGGGAUGAAAAUCUAGCCAAAUCUGCAGAAGCAUGGGCAGCAACCUGCAUUUGGGACCAUGGCCCUUCCUUUUUAUUGAGAUACCUAGGACAAAAUCUGUCUGUAAGAACUGGAAGAUAUCGAUCAAUUCUCCAACUAAUAAAACCAUGGUAUGAUGAGGUGAAAGACUAUGCCUUUCCAUAUCCUCAGGACUGCAAUCCAAGGUGUCCUCUGAGAUGCUAUGGGCCCAUGUGCACACAUUACACACAGAUGGUUUGGGCUACUUCCAAUCGAAUAGGCUGUGCAAUCAACACAUGUUACAACAUGAAUGUGUGGGGAUCAGUUUGGAGACGAGCUGUUUACUUGGUAUGCAACUAUGCUCCAAAAGGGAACUGGAUUGGAGAAGCACCAUAUAAAGUAGGGGUGCCAUGUUCUGCUUGCCCUCCCAGCUAUGGAGGAUCUUGCACUAACAAUCUGUGUUUUCCAGGGGUAACAUCAAACUACUUAUAUUGGUUCAAGUAAGGUGGUGGAAUAUUUCAGUAACUGUUAUAAUAGAAUGAUUGUGUAACAAAAUCUUGUCUAUUGAAUUUUGCACAUAGUGUAUGUAUGUAUAUAUAAUAUUAAAAUGAUAAUGUACAUUGUGUGUUUAAGAUCUAGCUACCCCUGUGAACCGAUAAAGACAUCAAUAUACACUAUAAAUAUACAGAGUUGGAUAAAUAUGCUUUGAAAGAAAGGAAGAGGAAGAAAGAAACACUUUGUAACAGGCUAAUCCACAAACAGGCUAAAUUGGGGAACGUCCUAUUUACUAAUAGAAAUUAAGUUGCUUUCUAAAACAGAGUUGGGCACCCGUUGAAAAGUUAAGGCUUACUUUGAAGGAGUCCGUUUGUACAUAGUAUUUUGAACUUCAUCAGUAUUGUCUAUCAACACUGCGAAAGCUUAAGGACAUAAAAAGCUAUAGGCUAUACAAAUGGUCUCCACUAAUAGACAUUGGUCAGGUAAAAAAAUCAUCUGUGGGUUGUAUGUGUGUGUGUGUGCGUGCGUGCAGUUCUUUGAAUGAGGCAAUAACAUUCUAACAAAAAAUCUAAAACUUAAUAUUUUUUAAAAUCAAUUAACCAUUUUUAAGACAAAUUGUUCUCAAAUUGUAAUAAUAUACUUUUGCAUUGGCUUAUUGCCAAUAAUCUAGAUAGGAAGAGUCCCAAGGUUCUUUGCUCAAAAACAUGUGCACUAUUACAAUUGGAGCCCAGUGCUAUUAAAUGACAUUAAGGCAAAUAAUUGGAUACAUAGCUGCUGCUAAAGUGACAUCCAUUGCAAAAGCAGAAGCACUGCUGCAUUCUUGUCACACUGCUCCAGCUUUGAAAAACUGUAAUUACUAAUGACCACAGGUAUCCUUAAGAUACUGCAUGGCAGGACACUAGCUCCGACUGAUACCAUGAAUGCAGAUGCCUUUGCAUCUGUUCUUCCAGCUGCUGAAGCAGAGCUUCAACGUGAGUAUUAUUGAUGGCCAAUAUCAUGGUAGUAUACAUUCUAGGAUCAUGUCUAGGCUUGUUGAUUCAGUAAUGCCAGCUCAGCAAAAAACCCAAAAAGUCUACUUUUUGGUUUUUUUCAGGGCUGAAUACUGAAACAAGGUGUAAAAGAAACUCAAUAACCAAAAUAGGUAUUCAGGUUACUGGAUUUUAGCGAUUUAAACUUUUAAAGUACCUGUUUCCACAUAGGUUCUCCCAUUUGAAUUGACUGAGCUCCAUUGUAGCCAUGGGGAAUUUCUGGGGGUGUCUAGCAGGGAACUUUUUUUGGGGGGGGUCUGUCUGUAGAGAGGGAUUUCUCAUCCAAUUUGUAGGAGGCUUCAGGAGACUCUCCUGGUAGUAGUAGCCAAGUUUGGUGGAGUUUGGUUCAAGGGAUUCAGCUCUAUGGGUCCCCAAAGGGAUUGCACCCAUCCCCCAUUAUAAACAACUGGAGAUGGGGGAAACACCUUUGGGGACCCAAAGAAUUGAACACCUAAACCAAACUUCAUCAAACUUGGGUGGUCUCAUUAGGAGAGUCUCCUGAAGCCACCUUGCAAAUUUGGUGACCCUUCCUUGAAAAAUGCCCUCCUACAGACACCCCCCAACAUUUCCCAUAGGCUACAACGGAACCCAGUCAAUUCAAAUGGAAGGGGGGCAUUUUUCAAGGUGGCACAAAACUGGCAGUAUGGUUUUGGGAGACUCUUCUAAUAAGAGCAUCCUAAUUUGGUGAAAUUUGGUUUAGGGGAUCCAAUUCUAUGGCUCCCCAAAAAGACUGCUCGCAUCUCCCAUAGUUUCCAGUUGUUUCUACUCCCAAAGCCACUCUGCAAGUCUUGUGCCUGUACCUUGAAAAAUGCCUUCCCUACAGAUAGAAACCCCCCAAAAUCUCCAUAGGUUCAAAUUGAGUCCUUUUUUUGAGGAAACAUGAAUAUAAAGGUAUUUGGGUGUUUUUUUACUUUAAUGAAAAUUUAAAAACCAAAGUAACCUGAACCAAAAUUUUACCAAUUUUAUUGUUUUUGCUCAAGCCCAAUAGUGUCUAGAUGUGCAGUGCCAUUAGGAAUAGCUGCUGGAAUCUUUUAUCCUGUGAUCACUUCUAAAUAAGGUGCCUUAUUUAGAAUUGCUCCCUCUUUGGCUUAAAUUGCCGAAGCUUCAAGAUGAAUUUAUCUUGAACUGACCUUAACUAGCUUUCUUAUGCUUCAGUUAAAUGAAGUAACAGAUUUGUUACAUGUGAGUAAUAACUGGAAAUGAACCAUGUGUAGGAAUUAAGCAUCAGAAUAGCUGAGGGUCAAACAAUCAUUGGUUUAUGGUCAGGUUAUCUAAAGAUCACAUGUAGUAUACUCAUUGACUACAGAAGAGCAUUGGUUGUUCUCAGUAAAGUAAAAAAGUAAAGUGUGCUCAGCUAAGAUCCACUAAAAUAGUAUUUUGCCUGAGGCAUGAACUAUGUUAACAUAUGAUAUAGACGGAUCAACUAUAUGUUACAUUAUAUUUGCAUCCCUCCCUGCUCUACCACAAGGACUUUCAGUUUUUGGAAAUUUUAUUCUCAGAAAGUAAUUCUGAGAGAUAGAGAGGUAUGAUUCAGAUUGUAACCAUGGCAUGUAAGAAAGGCAGUGAGCCUUCCCCACUACUGUUUUCCUGAUCUAAAAUGAUGUCAGGGAGUUACUGUUUGCCCUGUACAGCCAUUAGUACUGCCUAAGUGAGGAAGAUAAUGGUCCCCUGGAGCUGUUUCAAGAGGGGAUAACAACAUGGAACAGAGUCUUUCUGCAUGCAGUACAGUCCCAAUGCAAAUUGUAUCACCAUGUGCAUGGGAUUUGGAUUUCAAGCAUGAAAGCUGAGAAGCACAUCUGAUCAAAAGUCCCCCUGGUAGACAAGAGGCAGGUAUGAGAAUAACAUUUAUAAUUUAGCACAGAUAUUAUUUCACAGUUGUUAAGAGAGAGUAUUUGAUGUUUAAGUUCUGACUUACAAAACGUGACCAUCAGAGACAUGCACUCUAAAUCACUUUUUCAAAAUCAAAGAACAAGUCUUAUGACUGACUUCAAUAAUUAUGGAGGUUCAAAAACAGGUUAAUCUGUUAUCAGAACAGCGUAAUAUCAAGUUCAGCUGGAUAGCAAAGGCUUAGACUUUGAAUCUCAGUGAAGCACAGAUUCUUUUGGGGUCUUUGGAUGGGUCAGUGACCCCAAAUAAAAACUUUCACAUGACUGAAAUUGUUCUUGAGAACCAAAAUGGGGGAUUUAACUCAGGCUAAUGUCUGUGCAUGUUUCACAGUGUUUUGCCUAGCAUUUUUCAUUCCCAAGUGGCAGAUGCUAAUUAAACAAUAGAGCGGUAAAAGUACAGAGCAUUGUAACCCCUCAUCUACCUUGUCAAUGUCUUGACAGUGAUCUGAGCACUGGGAAGAAGGAAUAUCAAAAUGCUGACCCAACAUUCAUUGUUAAUAUUUGAAAAAAAAAUAUAAAAACUUUAAUGACUUCCAUGAGCGAUAUGGUAUGUUUGCUAAACAAAUAAUAAUGGUCAACCUAUGAUUCUGUAAUGCAGCAAAAUAUUACAACGGAUAUAUAUUUAUAUACAUGUUAUUAUAGUAUUACUCUUCUAAGUUAAUAUGAAUAACAUAAUUCUGUGGAAUAGUUUAUUUUAUUAAUGCAAGUAAUGUGGAACUUUGCUUCCUCAAAACAGGUGCAUAAAUCUUUUCACAAUAUACAACAGUGGUGCUAACAGUGGGUGAAGCCUCGGCUCUUUUGAAAUCGGCUGGCAAUAUUGUUAUGUUGUUUCAGUGAAGCCAGGAUUUAGCUCACAUAUCUAUCAUAUGCAUACUUUGAAUGGACAGUAGCAGGAAACAAGUGUAAAAUAAGCUAUUUCACAAGAGCAGCUUCUUUUAAAACAGGCAGCAGAUAUUGGAGAGUCCUACAGAACAUUUUUCACAUGCAGGGAGGAUUUUCAAUAAAUCAAAAUUUUAACGUAUAACUAAAGGCAGAGUUCCCAUUUUAAUCAUAUAGAAGGCCAUUGUACAACUUUCUGCUCUGUUUACUUGAAAUCCUAUAAUAAUUAUUAUCAUUUUUCUAUGUCAAUUUUUCUUUAAAAACCCCACAGUAUUCCAAGGAACACAAUUUAAAGGAAGAGCUGUAGGAAGGUGCUAUAGUUCAGAAACAAAGUACAUACUUCACUUGCAGAGGGUCCCGGGUUUACUUGCUAGCAUUUCCAGUCAAAGGAUAGCAGGUGCUGGGAAAUAUAUUUCUCUGCCUGAAAUCUCCCAGCCAAAAUAUACAAUAUUGUAACAUAUUGUAAGUUUCAUACAUUGUAGAAGAGUAGAAAGGAUGGUAGCUAGUUCCUUGGAUCUCUCACUGAUUCCCAUAGAAUUGCUGUUUCUCUCAAUGUUUUCAUUAUAAGGUGGAUGUGCAUUAACUGAAAUGGUUUAGGGUAUUAACUGGCCAAUCAAUUCACAAGCUUUCGGAUUAAAACAGAUACCUCAUUUGAAAAUACUUCUUCUGGGUGUAACUUCUUUUCUCCAUGUAUAAAGCAAACAUUUUCAAAGAAACUAAAAUACAUUAAUUGUUGAACUGAUCUUCAAACUGUUUGCUAAAAUGAGAAUAGACAUAAGAAUUAAAACCUGAAAGGAUGUCCAAAAUGUAUUUAGCCGACCAGCUAGCUUUUAAUAACAUAAUAAUUACCUAGGUUGGGGGGGGGGGCUGACCUCCUCACCAAACAAUUUGGUGCUAUUUCAUGUUUGCAGUGUUAAGUAUACACAAAGGUGUUAGAUGUGUUUUCUUGCAGCUGAAAUUUUAUUUUUUUAUAUUACUAGAUAUGAUUUGGUAACUGCCACCUUCCUGAUACAGAAAAACAUUGAAUUCCAUAAGAUGUUAAUAAUUUUCCUUUAAAAACUCAUCAGAAGAUGUGAAUUAUACAUAUGGGAACAGGUGGGAACUAUAUGUAUAUCUGAGGCAAAAAAAUAAAGGAUUUGCUGAAACAACCCACAACCACUCACAUCAACAUUAGGCAAUUCUCAUGGUCGCCGAAUGACAGUCAAAGAAUGAGAAAAGAGCACGUACCAUAUAAAUAUUUAUUUAGAAUUUUAAAAGUAUUAAAUUUGUCCAGUUGUUCUUCUGGGAGAUAUACAGUAGUACACAAAAUGUUUAAAAAUAAUGUGUGAAAAUCUCACCCUCUUGUUGGAAUAAGUAAGGUUUCUUGAGUCAAUCACAAACUUCCUAACUGGCUUUUUCCAACCAGUGAAAUAAUAUCCAACAUUGCAACUGUAAAUAGAAUUAUAUUCUCCUAAAUCUAUUGAAGCAAAUGGACUUAGGAGGACAGAAUUCUUUUUAGGAUUAAUCUAGUAAUGUGGUAGUAUGCACAAUGUAUGAUAAACCAAGACAGACACUGCAUAUUUUAGGUGCUCUAUUAUUAAUCCAGCAGACUACAAUAACAAUAAAACAAUCCAGGCAACAUUAAGCACUUUAAGAAGCAUUGAUUUCCAUAUUAUUGACUUAAAAGGCAUAUCUAUGGAUCAUGACCAUAGUUUAUAAUCUAAGGUCAUCAUCAAAAGAAUGAAUUUAUACUUUAACUUUAAGUCCAGGAACUAUUUAACAGUGCAAUCCUGAAUAGAAUUACUACUUUUCUAAAUGCCAUUGAGGUAAAUGGGCUUAGAAUUUUUUUUGUGUGUGUUUGUUUUGCUGUCAAGUCACAUCUGACUUAAUGCCAACCCCGGUGGGGUUUCAAGGCAAGAAACAUUCAGAGGUGGUUUGCCAUUGCUUGCCUCCCCAUCACAACCCUGGUAUUCCAGGUUAGGGAGUUUAGAAGCAUAUAAUUUUGUUUAGGACUAAUAGUAAAUGCCCAAGCUUAAUUAUAUGUGUCAAAACACAAAAAAACAAAGAAACAGUUGUUGGAGUUAAUGCCAGUAUUGAAGUCAUGGUUUCUUAACAGUUCUUGUUGAUUGCAGUUCUGUAACAAUAUAAGCAAAUGGCUUGAAGAUUGUGGAUAGUAUGAGGAACUGUUUUUCAGAUGCUGUGUAACCAUUUAGUCAAAAUGACCCUGUCCAACUAUUCCAGUUUUGGGCCCAUUUUAACCAAAAUGGCAACAGUUUGUGCUCUGUGUGAAAAAUGCCUCUAGAUACUGUUCAUAGUACUCAAAUCAUUACUUCACAUGAAUAUGUGAAUUCUGUGCCUCUGGCCCUUUCUGCACGGGCUGGAAACAGCGCCCUCGGGAUGGCAAAAACGCCGUCCCCAGGGAACUGUUCGCACGGGGGGCACAGCUGCUAUGCAACUGCGCCGCCCUUGCACCUUCCCCAGUGAGGUUUUUGGGAAAUGGUGGCUUCGAGCCGCUGCCGUGUGAACGGCAGCAGCUCGAAGGCGCCCUCCCCCCUUUUCACUGUCCACCUACCGUUUCUGUGGCUGUCCGGUGCAUUUCCGAGGCCUGGGGACACGGCCCCCUGCCCAGCGACACCGGAGCAGUCGCGCAGGGCAGG